UGUUUAUUGGAUUUUUGGCCCAUCCUGUCUGUGCUCCUUAUGAAUCUCAACCAUUUGGAUAACUCCACCAGAUGCGAAUUUCUUCCCAGACUGAACUGACCUGGAUACGCAACAUGCACAACAGCACGGCUGAAGCUCCUCAUAUGGCUAGAAUGUGUAAUGAGACUUCGUCCACACAGUCACCGGGCUCCGAGUUUUCACUGGGCGUGUUGGUGCUGCUGGCUUUCCUCAUGGUGUUGCUAGCUCUGGUCACCAUCCUUGGAAAUGCCCUGGUGAUCCUUGCUUUCAUCAUGGACAGAAACCUCAGGCAUCGGAGUAACUAUUACUUUCUCAACCUUGCUAUUUCUGACUUUGCAGUGGGUGCGUUCUGUAUGCCUUUGUACAUCCCUUAUGCCCUGACAGGGACGUGGCACUUGGGGAGAGGCCUGUGCAAGCUCUGGCUAGUUAUGGACUACCUCCUGUGCACAGCUUCAGUGUUUAACAUCGUCCUUAUCAGCUACGACCGUUUCCUGUCAGUUACAAAAGCUGUAUCUUACAGAGUCCAGCAGGGAAUAAUGUCCAACCCUGUCGUCAAGAUGGUGGCCAUCUGGGUCUUUGCCUUCCUCCUCUACUGCCCAGCAAUCCUCUUCUGGGAGUAUGUGGCUGGAUGCAGCGUGGUAGCGGCGGAUCAGUGCUACGCUGAGUUCUUCCACAACUGGUACUUCCUGCUGUGCGCAUCCACCCUGGAGUUCUUCAUGCCGCUGCUCUCGGUGACCUACUUCAAUGUGCACAUCUUCUACAGCAUCCAGAGGCACCAGCGGCACAGCAGCGUGCAGGACUGUGAGCUUCCAAGGAGCGGCACCCUGUCCUGGCGAUUCUGCCUCUUGCCAAGGCCAGGAGCAUCUUCUACUCCAUCAGAAGCAGAGGACAGUGUUUCAUCAUUAACAAAGUCAUGGAGACCAGCAGUGAUGUCUAACUGUCCAUCUCCAACACCAACCAGUCCUACAGCCCUCAAAAGGGACUUUUCUGCUUCUUUCCGUUCAAGGACUGUGUCAAAACUGCAGCAGGACAAGAAAAGAGCCAAGUCACUUGCCAUAAUUGUAUGUGUCUUUGCCAUUUGCUGGGCCCCAUACUCUUUACUAAUGAUUAUUCGUGGGGUCUGCCAAGGAAAGUGCAUCCAUAGCUCCUUGUAUGAAAUAACCUUUUGGCUUUUGUGGCUCAAUUCCUCUGUAAAUCCAUUUCUUUACCCUGUCUGUCAUAUGAGGUUUCGAAUGGCUUUCAUGAAAAUAUUAUGUCCCAAAAGGUUUGCAAGGUUGAGAUCGGGCUCUUUUUAGAAAGUUAAAAUAAAUUACUUGCAGCUAAGAGGAUCCUCUCUUAUUUAGUGCUAUUUUUUUUUCAUAUGUAUCUUCAACAGAAUUAGCAAAAAAACUUUUGUUUACUAAUGGCAUUGGUUAAGGUUGCAGCAGAGACAUAUAUUUGCCCUGUUUUUGCUAGUUUUCAGGAUUUUGUUUUUUGCUAGCAUGAUGCCAACGUAAACACCACCUAGUGCAAUGAAAAGAAUAAUAAGUGUUGCUGGAUGUCCUUCUUGGUUUGUAGGUUUGAGAUACUCUUUUUUUCCCUUUUUUUAUAUAGAAUUGGUACUAAGAAAGAACUCUUCUAUAGCUAUCUCCAUAGAGGUUCAUUGGAGGACAUACAUGUUCAUGUAUGUGUGGAAUUAAAAUUUAUGUCCUAUUUGUGAACCUAAAUCUGUCAGUGAAGAAGCAGUUCUGCUACAUUUUUGCAAGGUUGUAAAAAUACUCACAGGAUCAGUAUAAUUUCAUUUUACAAACUAUUAUGAAGACAAGAUAGUGCCCUGUAGUCGUUUCCCACAGUGAGCAAUAUGCAAGUGAAUGGACUGCCUAAUCUGGCAUAUCUAUCCUUUCUAAUUUUAGUGUAGUCCAUACCUGGUGUUGCAGGACACAGUGCAUUUGUAACCCUUUAAGUUACUGUAAGUUAGUAACCCUGUAAAUACCUGUAACUGUAAGUACAGUAACCUGUAAGUACCUGUAACCUGUAACUUACUUACCCUGUGAGUUAGUAACCCUGGAUGAUUUUCAGAGAAUGAAAGUUUUGGUGGUAAUGGAAUUUUAAGAAUGGUUAUCAAAAUUGUCACAGACAUAAAUGAUUGUUACUUUUUUCACCAGUACUCUUUUCUCCUGAGAGUGGCUGCCUCUGGUCAUGCUUAAAUGUAAAUAUCAUUGUCAGAUUUGUGCACUAUUUGACCACCUAAUAGAUAUGCCAGGCUUGGGCACAUGAUCACAUUCCUGUUGGAUUGGCAAAGCAAGCAAUACAAAGUUCAUGCUGGAUUUAUGAUUUUGGCUCGCUGUGAGAGAACAGACAAUAUCCUCUUGGGUGUAAAGCUUUGCAAGUGUGAAGAUAUUGCAUCAAAAUAUCUGGAACAAAUUUGAACUGACAGAGUGAUUUUUGUACUAGAUGAGUUCUUUGUGUCCUGUUACUGUGACAUUAUACAGAUUUUCUCUGCCACUGAACCAGUAUCAAACUGGAUUUUUUCUAUCACUGAACAAGGGCCAUAUUUGCUGCUUGAGAAUGGGAUUCAUAAAGGUCUAUCUGAAAGCUGACACAGAGGUGUCUUAAGCAGCUUUUAAUAAACAAUAUGAGUGAACAUCCAGGGCUGAAAGGAGUAUUGAAGGCAAUGGAGCUUGACUAUAACCCAUUCCACGUACCAAGCUUUCUUGCCUUGUGUUGGGUGUUGCAGCUCACCCAGAAAGCUUUCGUGAAUGGGUGAGAGUCACUGGUUAAUUUUUUUUUCUCUCUUUUUAUUGAUUUUCUUUCCUCUCUGUGUAUAUAAAUGUAUAAAUGUAUAAAAUAUGGAAAGAGAAAUCUGAUGCACAGAACAACGAAGAGCAAUAGUCAAUUUAAAUAGUGUUUUUUACCGAAUAUGAAAUUGGCUGAAGACGUGUUGCAAAAGCAGAGUGCUCCUUUGCAAGCACAGUUCAAAUGCAUGAAAGAAACUUAAUCAUAGCAUGAAAGUUGAUGGCUUUGAGGAGCUAAAAUGCCAUUCUGUUCAGACUUGAAGAAGACUUCUCUUGCCAGUAUUCAUGCUGGUGGAAGACUGACUUUCACCAUUCAUUAUGCUUCCUUGCCUCACAUGGAUAGUGUUAUGGAUUGUGAGCCUGAUUGCUGAGAGAGAUACAGCUUCAGGAGGAGGCCAUUCAGCACAGUUGCUUUCACUGUCAUGAGCUAAGGCGCUGGCAUAGGUUUUGUGGGAUUUGUUUCUCUGUGAGACUUAAAAAAUCAAGCGCGCACACACACGCAUUUAAAACAUUUAUAGAAUAGCUGGUGUACUAAAUAAACACCUUUUAAACAGAGAAACUGUUGGUAGGCCCAAAAUGGGAAAGUAUUUGAGUCAUCUGCUUUUCUAUCCCUAUCCUUUUAAUAUAAAAACUCAGUUUGCAUUUUGUAAUUAAAGAAUGUGUUUUUUACUUUGGAAAAAUGGCCUGCAAAAUUAUGGACUAGGUAAACUGUAUCCACAUUUUGCAGUACUGGAAAACUAGUGUUUGUCAGGGAGCACAAUGUGCAGCAAAUUUGAAACUACAUAGAGUAGUGAAGCUGCUAGAUAUCAAUGUUUUUGAUGUUCUAUAUUGCACACACAGAGUUCAAACUGUUUUGUUACAACAAUCCUUUGUAUUUGAAUGAUUUGUUGUAUUUUUCUAAUUGUUGAAGAUUCUGCUCAGUGCUCCUAGCCUAAGUCAAGCACUUAGCUUCUGUGCUCACAGCAUUAAAGCUGUCUUGGUCAAGGUGGCAUUCUAAGUCUUCUCCUCCCUAUUGGACAUUUUGCAGGGUUAUGGUAAGAUAGUUAUUCCGCAUUUGUUCUUGGGUGUACCUUUUGUGCACUGAUACAAAUGGACUUUGCUUGCCAAAGUGAUUUCUAAGCCAAGUCUCUAUCCACUCUCUCAUUCAUUUUACCAUUUCUUGUCCUUGAAUUUUCUUCUGUCUUUGCAGAUGUCCAAUAGGUCUUGUAAAUACAAAGUCACAGUAGGUAUGUGACUCUGUGAGGUUCAGC